AUGCUACUUCCGGCCCUUCUGCUUAUUAUUGCCUCAGUAUUCCAACUCUGUGCGGCGCAGUCUACUGCAGUGAUCGACCUCGGAUACGCCAAAUAUCAAGGAGCAUGGGAUUCCGCUGGAUCCAACAACACUCAAUUUCUCGGAAUACGAUUUGCGGCACCUCCCACUGGCUCAUUGAGGUGGCAAGCGCCGCGAACACCGGACUUCGUUGCGGACAUACAGAACGCUACCGCGGAACCCUCCGGAUGUCUUCAAGCGGGAUUCGGCAGGGCUUCGAGUAAUCCUUUUCCUACCAGUAAAAGGGCCGCCUCUGCUGCAGAUUCCGAAGACUGUCUUUUCUUGAACGUAUACGUUCCUGGACAGCUCGACCCUCGCAAAAGCCUACCUGUCGUGGUAUGGAUACAUGGAGGAGGUUACGUUUCUGGAAGUGCCAAUGGAUUUUCUGGGAACGACCUAAUACAUGAAGCUGGCGGCGGCGUCAUUGCCGUAGUCAUCCAAUAUCGCUUAGGCUUAUUUGGAUUUCCUAGCUGGGGAGUCAGUGAAAGCGUAUGGCGCAUUAAAUGCUGGCCUUCGAAGUGGAUCAGCAAUUUGCACUUCAGUGGAUCCAGAAAUACGUGGGCUGCAUUUAUUCUGACGUUUGUCGCGCAAUUUUUACUUACCGAUUGCUUGAAGAUCGCCAAGUUCGGUGGGGAUCCAAGUCGAGUUACCAUCUGGGGCGUGUCUGCUGGUGCUGGAUCUGUUAUUCAGCACAUCAUUGCUAAUGAUGGACAAACUUCCCCGCCUUUGUUCAGAGCUGCAAUAACAAGCUCCAGUUUUCUCCCUUCGCAAUAUGCGUAUAAUGAUGUCAUUCCAGAGGUUCAGUCUCUCCGCCAUGUCAAGGACGAAACAAGCUGUACCUCGGCGGCCAAUUCACUGGCAUGCCUGAGAAACGUCGACGCUGACGUUCUUGAACAGAUCAACACUGACCUUUGUAAUAGCGGUUUUUUUGGCACUUUCGUAUUUGUACCAGUUGUCGACGGUGAUUUCAUAAAGCAAAGACCGACGUUAGCCUUGCGUGAUGGAAAAGUCAAUGGCGAGGUUGUCAUGUCAGUUACAAACACUGAUGAAGGGGGGAUAUUUGUCGACUCAAGUACUGCUGGCACCGUUCAAGUUCCUGAGUAUCUGGCACAGCUAUUUCCGAACCUGAGUUCUCAGCAUCGCGAUAUCGCCGUUACAAAGUAUUCAGGUCUUGGAACUCCAAUCGAGCAGGUCACCGCCAUAAUGGGAGAGGCCAUAUUUGUUUGCCCUACGUAUUUCUUGCUUCGUGCUUUCAAAGGAAAAACAUUCAAGGCAAGUUCGACGAUGGGUCAAUUCGCAAUCCCACCUGGCAGUCAUGGGAGCGACGUUGCCUAUUACUUUCCUUCUACGAAUGCGAACGGCGUCCCCCCCUUCAACAAUACCGACUUCGAUAAAGCGUUCGCCGAGUCCUUCCUAGCCUUUAUCAUGUCUCUAGAUCCGAAUGAGACGUUCGAGCCAACUAUUACACCGUCCUGGGAGCCAUUUUCGUUCCAGCAAAGUCAUCAAGUAGAAAUGCGUUUUAACCGAACAGAAGCUGGCGAUCCCGCCAUAAUGCCUUUUACCACACCGGAAGAUCUGCUUGAUCGAUGCUCGCAAGUACCUGCACCUACUCCGUUUCUUGGUCUUUCUCACGGUUCUUUAGGUUUUGGGAAAGUGUAG